UCACGGGGAGGUGUCAGAGGUUCUCAAUAAACGUGACCUGGACUCCAAUUUCAUGCUUCUUGAAGAAAAUAUUUUGACUUUUGUGAAGAACCAGCUCAAUAAGUUAAAGAAAGUUCUGGAGACAGAAAAUCAAGAAUUCUUAGAGGAGCUGAACGAAGACGAUGAAGUCAAGGGUGGUGAAGAUGAAGAGCAGAGGAACAGCAACAGAGAUGCAGUUCUGACACUUGCACUGAACUUCCUCAUGACCUUGAAGUCCAAGCAGCUGGCUGAUUCCCUGCAGAGCAAAACUAAUGCUGCAACUUGCCAACGUAAACUCAAGUCUAAACUGAAGGACAAGUAUCAGUGUUUGUUUGAAGGAAUUGCCAAAGCAGGAAACCCAACCCUUCUGAAUCAGAUCUACACCGAGCUCUACAUCCCAGAGGGAGAGGUAGAAGAUCAACAUGAGGUCAGACAGAUAGAAGCAGCAUCCCGGAAAACGGCAGGUUCACAAACAACAAUUGGAUGGAAGGACAUAUUUAAACCUUUACCCCUAAGAGAUGAGCCAGUCAGAACUCUGGUGACAAAGGGCGUGGCCGGCAUUGGGAAAACAGUCCUGACGCAGAAGUACAUCCUGGACUGGGCCGAAAACAAAGCCAACAAAAACCUACACUUUGUUUUCCCAUUCUCCUUCCGAGAGCUGAACUUGCUAAAAGACAAAAAAUACAGUUUGGUGGAACUUCUUCAUCACUUCUUUACUGAAACCAAAGAAGCAGGAAUCUGCCGAUUUGAUAGUUUUCAGGUUUUGUUCGUAUUUGACGGUCUGGACGAAUGUCGACCUCCUCUGGACUUCCACAACAACGAGAUCCUGACGGACUUCACAGAGUCAGCUUCAGUCCAAGUACUGCUGACUAAUCUCAUACGAGGUACACUGCUUCCCUCUGCCCGCCUCUGGAUAACCACCAGACCUGCUGCAGCCAAACAGAUCCCUCCUGAAUGCAUUGAUAGGGUGACGGAGGUGAGAGGGUUCAACGACCUACAGAAGGCGGAGUACUUCAGAAGGAGAUUUGAAGAUGACCAGCACUCCGCCAGAAUCAUCUCCCACGUGGAGGCGUCACGAAGCCUCCACGUCAUGUGCCACAUCCCGGUCUUCUGCUGGAUCACUGCUACGGUCCUUGACAAUGUGUUGAGAAUCGGAGAGAGAGCCGAGCUGCCCAAGAAUCUGACUGAGAUGUACAUCCACUUCCUGGUGGUUCAGACAAAGCAAAGUAACGCAAAGUACCAGGGUAGCACCGGUCCAGUCUGGAACACAGAGACCAAGAAGACAACUCUCUCCCUGGGAAAGCUGGCCUUUGAGCAGCUGGAGAAAGGAAACCUCAUCUUCUAUGAAGCAGACCUGAGAGAGUGUGGGGUGGACAUAGAAGCUGCCUCCAUACACUCUGGAAUAUUCACAGAGAUCUUCAAUGGGGCUGGGCUGACCCAGGAGAAGGUGUUCUGCUUUGUCCAUCUGAGCGUUCAGGAGUUUUUGGCAGCACUUUAUGUCUUCCUGACGUUCGUCAACACUGGCAUCGAUCCACUGAGAGAUGUACGUCGACCAUUAUAUAGCAACAUGCCAUUCAAACGUCUCUACCAGAAGGCAGUGGACAAGGCUUUAGAGAGUCCAAAUGGACACUUGGACUUGUUUGUCCGUUUCCUUCUGGGCCUUCUACUGGAGACCAAUCAGACUCUCCUACAAGAUCUGAUGAAAUCGACAAAAGGUAAACAACAAGUCAAAGAGUUGCUAGUGCAGUACAUCAAGAAGAAGAUCAAGGACGAUCCACCUUUGGAGAAGAGCAUCAAUCUGUUCCACUGUCUGAAUGAGCUGGAUGACUGUUCUUUAGUGGAGGAGAUCCAAAAGUACCUGAGAUUAGGACGUCUGUCUGGGGACAAACCCUCACCCUCUCAGUGGUCAGCACUCGUCUUCAUCUUACUGUCUUCACAAAAGGAAUUAGAUGUGUUUGAUCUGAACAAAUACUCAGAUUCAGAGGAGGGUUUUCUGAAGCUUCUGCCCGUGGUCAAGGCAUCCAGAACAGCUCUGCUAAGUGGCUGUAACCUCUCGACAAAAGGCUGUGAAGCUCUGGCCUCUGUUCUCACUAAGAACUGUAUCUUAAGAGAGCUGGACCUGAGUAACAAUGACCUGCAGGAUUCAGGUGUAAAGCUGCUGUCGGAUGGACUCCGGAGUCCAGAUUGUAGACUGGAGAUUCUAAGCCUUUCGGGCUGUCAGGUCUCAGAGGAAGGCUUCACUUCUCUAGUUUCAGCUCUCACCUCCAACCCCUCCCAUCUGAGAGAGCUGGACCUGAGCUUCAACCACCCAGAAGGCCCAGGAAAGACACUGCUGGCUGCUAAGCUGGAGGACCCCGCCUGGAAACUAGAGACUCUCAAGAUCGAUCAUUGUGGAAAAUGUCGCCUGAAACCAUCAAUUCUUAAGUAUUUCUGUGAACUUUCACUGGACCCAACCACAGCAGGCCAAAACCUCUCGCUGUCUGACAACAACCUAGUAACGACGCUGGUGAAAGAGAAACAGCCGCGCGCCGAUCAUCCGGAGAGAUUUGACAGAUGGAGACAGCUGCUGUGUAGAGAAGGUCUGACUGGGCGUUGUUACUGGGAGGUCCAGUGGAAAGGAAGGGUUCAUAUUGGAGUGACAUACAGAGGAAUCAACCGGAGAGGAGACGGUGAUGACUGCUGCAUCGGAUGGAACGAUCAGUCGUGGAGCCUGUUCUGCACGGCUCAGAGUUUCACCGCCUGGCACAACAAAGAACCAGAAGAAGUGUCUGUCUCGCCGUCUGACUCUAACAGAAUGGCCUUGUAUCUGGACUGGCCUGCCGGCACCGUGUCCUUCUACCUUCUCCCCUGCUUCGGCUCUUCGGUCAAACGCACCCACCUCCACACCUUCCGCUGCAGUUUCACCGGAGCCCUCUACCCUGCGUUUGGGUUUGGACGAAUGCGCGACCUCUGGACACCGUCCUCAGUUCAACUGUCACAGAUUGUAGAAUGAGUGGGUCUUUUUAUGUAGGACACUGGCUACCAGACCGAGGAACAUUAAGUACUGAUCAGCGUAAAGCUUUAUGUCUCCAAUGGGAGACGAAGCGUUUAGCAGACUUAAACAACAACUAAAACAAUAACAAAAGACACACAUGAAACAUUAAAAAAAUCAAUAUAUUUAUGUGUACAUAUACAUGGAUGUUAUGUGUAUAUAAGUACAGUACCAGUCAAAAGUCUGGACAUAUUUUCUCAUUCUCUUCGAUGAGAAAUGUUUCCAAAGGUUUGACCGGUAGUGUGUCUGUAAAUUGGUUAUCACAGGCUCAGUAGUUAGAAAUUGUGACUGUACACGCAAGUUAUGGAUCAAAGACAUGGAUCCAACGCAGAGGUCCGAUACCAGCAGAGUUAGAAGAACUGAAAUCACAGCAAGGAGAAGUUUGCUGUCUUUACGGAAAUAAAUAGGAUGCUAUAAUAAUUAUGCAGAUAACACACAAAUCUACUUAACUAUCUCUCCACGGGACUCCAAUCCCGUGCAAGCGUUGGGUAAAUGCUUUGAACAAGUAAUAAAACUACAUGUGCUAUAAUUUUCUCAGUUAAAAGCAAAAAUAACAAUAUUGUAUUUAAUUGUUUUGGUAACAAGGAUAAAUGAUUGAAAGUCAUCGCUGAGCUUCAAUUACUGAUGUUAAAAACCACAAACCAAGCCAGAAAUGUAGGUGUAGUUAUGGAUUCAGACCUCAACCUCGGCAAAACCAGCCUAUUAUUACAUAAAUAUUAUACCAAAGAUUAAAGGAUUUAUGUCUCAGCAGGAUUUCAAAAACUAGAGUAAAGUAGAUGGGUCUAUUAUAACAAUGUGCUCACAUGUAUCUGUAAAAAGUCAACCAGAAGGCUGCAGCUUGAGCAGCUUCAGUUCAUCUGCUCCACCCUGCAGGUCUGCUUUAUACAAGGAUGGAGUGGAUGCUUUUUGCUGUGUAUUUCAUUCAUAUGCAUGUUUUAUUGUCUGUUUUUAAUGUCUCAAUCAAUGCUCUCAAUUCUUUUUUAAAUUUAAUUUCCUUGUGCCUUGUUUGGAAGGUUUUAUUGGCUUUAUGUGAAGCACUUUAAAUGGCCUCAUUGUAAACAAAUAAACAAAUACAUGUGCAUGGCCUUUAGGGAAAAAUUCACUGCGUUUGGCCUCAGACCAAAGUUUUUCCUUUGAAAAGCCAGACAUUAAUUAACAUCCUGUCACCAUGUUAAAACCUGGGGACGGAUCCCAAUUUUAUCCCCAAUGAGGAUUUUUGGGAGUUUUUUCUCCUGUCAGGUAUUAGAUGAGCAACUAGUUGCAAGACAGCCGAGUGAGGCCACAUAAACUGUGUUAAACAUGAAGAACUGUGAUCUUAUAUGUUGUAAUUGAAGUGUACUAGUUAUAAGAUGAAGACAAACUAUGUAUGCUGUGUUAUAUUCACUCUUUGAGGCAUAAAGCCAGAUGUUUCUACAUAGAAAGUAUUGGAAUGUGAGGGAGAGAUAAGACAGAGAGGUUUCAGGUUACUGCAGCAGAUUCACAUCUGGAUGUGAAGAGGAUGAACCAGGAGGAGACACUUUAGUGUAUGCAUACAGUAUAUCUAUACAUUUUGUUCUUUAGUGUGCGUAUAUAUUCACUGGACCUCCGAGUCUUCACCCUGCUUUAAACCAUGUUCCAUACACAUGACGGCCAGAAGGGA